CUUCUUCUUUCUACUCUUCUUUACUUUAGAAAAACAAAUAUGCACCAUUUGUUAUUAUCUCUUAUCAUCAACGCUAUUGCUUUAAUAUGUUGUGUACACUCAGCACCACUGGCAGACUUUUUGCAAUUGAGCAAACGAGCGGCAGCUGUACCAUGCGCAAACCAAAUUGAUACACUAUUUGUCUUUGGAGACUCAUACAGUGCAGUCAAUGGAGAGAAAGGAAGUCGAAAAACAUGGACCCUUUUUGAAUCUCCUGAUUCUGUUACGAACAACCCAGUUAUACGCGAUGGAACAACGGCGGGAGCACCCAAUUGGAACCAAUACCUCACGGAAUGCUAUGAAGGAAUUCCACAAAACUGCCCUGCACAUUUAUUCAAUGUCGCAUACAACGGCGCAACAGUCGACACCAACUUAGUCCAGCCCCGAACGCCAGAUGUUUCUGAUUUCAUCGCCCAAGUGCAAGGAUGGCAAAAGCAUGUCAAGCCUCAAGUCGAGUAUCAAAAGGCAUUGGCAGCCAUUUGGUUUGGCAUCAACGAUGUAGGGCACUCUCUUGAUACAAGCGAUGCAGAUAUUUCAGCGCUACUUGGCAAAGAUGUCGACGAAUACUUUGACCAACUGGAACUUUUGUAUAGCGGUGGUUUACGGACAUUCAUGAUCAUCAACGUCCCACCAUUUGAACGAACGCCGAAAUUUUCUCCUCAAGCAGAUAUACUAGUUCCACGAAUCAUGCAGUACAACGAAUUGAUUGACAACCAUAUCACGGCUUUUACAACCAAGCAUCAAGACGUUGCAGUGAUCAAGAUUGAUGCUCAUGAGCGAUUCACAUAUUACUUGGACCAUGCUAGUCAGUAUGGCGUACAGGAUACGACAAGUUCGUGCAAAGAAAAAGAAGGCGAUGAAGCCACCGACUGUGGACAGUAAUUAUAUAGAUGCGCUUCAUCCCACUUAUCCUGUCCACAAAGCAUUUGCAGCGGAUAUCGGAACCACUUUACAUAAUGAACAAUUUUGUAUAUAAGUAAAAUUUACAUACAUCCUGGAUGAGGGGGAGUCCUAGUUAUUAAUAAUAGCCCCCGUAGUAGUAAAGAUAAUACAUAGUAAUUUAAUGGUAAAUACCCUGUUUCCCACAACACCCAGAGAAAAAUAAAUAAUCGCAG